AUGGCUCCCCGCUACGGAGCCCUCGGCGCUACUUUCCAGAUCGCUCGCCUCUUCCAGGCUUGCUCGCUCAUCGCGAUAAUUGGCAUGGUAGCCAAGUUCAUCGCGGUGAUCGUGAACUUGGAUGACUCUCCGCCAGAUAUCCUGAUCGGAACAAUCAGCGUGACUUGCAUCGCUGUCAUCUACUGCAUCAUCAGCCAGAUUCUCUAUUUGGAUGAUAUCUUGCCUUUUCUUUAUACUGCAGUUCUCGACUUCCUCAUCCUCAUCGGCAUGAUUGUUGUUGCUGUGAUUCUGGGAAAACCACUCUCAUACCUUGGUUGCUCUGCAUUGUCAGAGCUUGGCGAUGCAGAUGCAGCCGCAUACGCCUUUGCAUCCCAUCUAGGUAGCUACAUCUCCAGCCUCAGUGGGAAACUAGAAUAUAAGUCCUGGAUUGGGGCAUCAAAGACCAUUUGUCUGGAAACGAAAGCGAUCUGGGGCUUGAGCAUUGCGUUGUGCAUUUUGUUUUUUAUUUCAGCCAUAUGCAAUGUCGCUCUUUGGCGCCAGAAGAAGGUCAUGGCUGCCAGUGAUGAAAAAUAG